AUGGAUUUGAGUUACGAUUCUAGUUGUCGAUUGUGUCUCAAUUCUCCACCUUCCUUUUUAUUUUUCUUUUACUUACAUUCACCUUUGUGAAAGAUCCUUCCCUCAAAGAAAUACAAAAACUCUACACCUUUCUCCACUUUUGAGUAUAGUUUUACAGAUCCACCUACCCCGUUCAUUUCCAUUUGCGAUCACCUCUCUCUGCUCAUGCUUUUGCAUUGUUUUGAGUUUUGAGGGUAGUAUUCUUCUCUGAAUUCAUUAUUAUUGCAGUCAAGGAAGAAUGGAGGGCACUGUGUUCACUCCCGCUUUGGAAGGAAUCAAGCAUGUCAAGUCUGAAAAUGGGGAAAUGCUCACCAUGCCUUUCUUGCAAGUCUGCAAGCAUAUUUUGCCAGUAAUAGAUAAGUUUGGAGCAGCUAUGACCCUUGUUAAGUCUGAUAUUGGUGGUAACAUAACGAGAUUGGAAUCUAAAUAUCUUUCCAGUCAAGAACAAUUCAACCUGUUGUACAGCAUGGUACAGAUUGAGGUUGAAGCUAAAACAGCAAAAGGAUCAUCCAGUUGUACCAAUGGUCUUCUUUGGUUGACAAGGGCAAUGGAUUUCUUGGUGGCAUUGUUCCGCAACUUACUUGAUCAUCCAGAUUGGUCCAUGUCACAGGCUUGUACAGAUUCCUAUAGCAAGACUCUGAAGAAAUUUCACGGAUGGCUUGCUAGUUCAAGUUUCACUGUGGCCAUGAAGCUUGCUCCUGAUAGAAAGAAGUUUAUGGAUGUGAUUGGAGGUUCUGGUGAUGCCAUGGCAGACAUAGAGAAAUUCUGCACAACAUUUUCCCCUCUUCUUGAAGAGAAUCACAAGUUUUUGGCUAGUGUGGGCAUGGAUGAACUGAAGGCAUCAUGAUUCAUGAAGAAAACAGAAGCAUACCUAUUUAUCUUUGUUGCCAAUUGUUGCGAUCUUAUCCUCCGUCGUCACAUUUAAAUACUAAUAAUUAAUCAGUGACAUAUGUUGUAUUAAGUUUCUCUUUUUUUCUUUUAAGUUAACGCUUUAUUUGAAACUCAUACAUAUAUCAAUGGUUAUGAAAGAGAAUUUUAUUACAA